AUGGCAGAUGCCUUACCAAGUUUCUGGGGCCCUGUCACAGCUAACACUGAGUGGUGUGAGCAGAACUAUGUCUACUCUUCCUAUAUUGCAGAGUUCUAUAACACUAUCUCAAAUAUCUCCUUCAUUCUUUUGGCACUCAUUGGUUUUGUAAAUGCCUUGAGACAACGAUUUGAGAAAAGGUUUAGUGUCCUUCACAUAUCGAAUAUGAUUCUUGCCAUUGGAAGCAUGAUGUAUCAUGCCACGUUGCAGCAAGGGGCAGGAAGUAUGCUGAGGUCCGAUGGAAAGGCUGGAGAUUCGAGGUUAUUUGUUGUUGAGGUGUUGGACUGGUGUAGGGGCACUUCUAGCUUCCCUUGGAAGGGCAUAUGGAGUGCUAAUGUGCCGCCAAGGUGGUUUUUUCAAUCAUUGGGUGUGCUGGGGCUGGGGAAUGAUUUUGAAAUUAUAUUCAGGCAACAGCAAUUUGAUGAAACACCAAUGGUGUGGGAAAUGCUCCUGUAUCUUUACAUCCUAUAUUCGCCAGAUUGGCAUUACCGGAGUACAAUGCCCACUUUUUUGUUCCUUUAUGGUGCAGUUUUUGCAGUAGCGCAUUCACAGGUCCGUUUUGAUAUUGGUUUUAAGCUGCAUUAUACGUUACUCUGCCUGCUUUGCAUCCCUCGGAUGUACAAGUAUUACAUUCAUACAGAAGAUAGAUCUGCAAAACGGCUUGCAAAGUUGUACUUGAUCACCUUAUUGCUUGGGAGUCUUUGUUGGCUAUGUGAUCGUCUGUUCUGCAAGAAUAUUUCUACCUGGUACUUUAAUCCUCAGGGUCAUGCUUUGUGGCAUGUCCUUAUGGGUUUUAACUCAUAUUUUGCAAACACAUUCAUGAUGUUUUGCCGUGCUCUACAACGGGGAUGGGAUCCAAAAGUAAAGCACUCAAUGGGAUUUUUCCCCUAUGUGAAGAUUCAGAAACCCAAGAUCCAGUGA